AAAUAGUCAGCCUUUCAGGACUAGAAACUUCCCCAGGUCACAAGGAUACCAUGGUGGAGGUAUAUGCUAAAAAGACAAGGACUAACCCCCGGAGAAGAGCAGAGUAAACACUGAGGAUAAUGUAAAUUAUCAAAUUAUCGAAAUGAUCGCAUUCGAAUGAGUAAGUGACUCAUUUUUUUAAUCCUUAGUGCAUUUGUUUUAUAGGCUCGAAAAACAUUUUACUUCUCGUUUUAUUUAACUUGUAGAAAACUGUCAAAAUGGCAGCUGUUUUGGGUCAGUUUAUGGAAUUUCACUCAGUUCAUGGGACAAAUGUGAGACUGGACCUCUCCAGGACUCAGGCCACCCGAGUAGAAAGUUUUGCAAAUGGCGUCUGCUUCAGUAAAGACCCUUUAAGCCCUGGCGAAAUCUUCCUAGUGGAGAUUGAAGAGAAAGAACUGGGUUGGUGUGGUCAUUUAAGGAUUGGACUUACUGCCCAUGACCCUCGAACAAUGGAAACUGUGCCAGAAUACUCUCUGCCUGAUCUUGUGGAAAUGGGAGACAGCUGGGUGUUCGCAAUAACAAGAAACCAUAAUAAAGUCACUGAGGAUGGAGGUGGAGAAGUAGAGGGUGGUGAACAGCCAAAUAUAGGUGAUGAGGCAGGAAACAAGCCUAAAACAUUUUUCACAGACACUCAUCUGUAUAUAGAAAACAUGGGCAUACCCAAAGACAAGUUGGUGGGACGCAGUCGACCCGGGAGGUACAGUCACAUCCUGGAUGAUCUGUACAAAACCAAUGCUUUACCCCCUACUGCCCGCCGCAGUCGGAUAGGGGUUGUCUAUGUGCCUAAGGGACAAGGGAAUGGCGACAUGCACAUUAUCAUCAAUGGUGAAGAUAUGGGAGCUUCUGCAAAGAGUAUCCCCACCAAUAAGCCGUUGUAUGCUGUUGUGGAUGUAUUUGCAGCUACUAAAUGUGUUCGGAUUGUCCAGGUGGAAUAUGGCUUUGCUUCAUUGCAGACACUCUGCAGAAAGACAAUUCAGAAACACAUCAUUCACAGAAUGGCUUUGGACUGGUUGGAACUUCCGGAGUUACUUAAACACUAUUGCAAAUACGAAUGAGCAAAACCUAAACAUCUGGGUAGAUGCAGCAAAGACUUUUAAGACUGAGAGUCAAGAAUGUUUUUCGUUCUUUUUUUCUUCUCCCUUUUGAACACGUCAUCUGAACAGUUUAAUAAAUAUUCUUCAAGCUCAA